UCAAUGCCCAAUCUAGCCCUACCAGUGCGGGGAGGUGGAAUAACCCGCACCGGGCUAUGAACACGUACAGGAGACACCGUGUGCUCUAUUGCGUAACACGGUGUCCGCCCGUACUCCCGCUCUCCACGGUUAGCCUGGGAAGUGGGCGCAGGUCUUCUACCUGCCCUCGGCCCACUACCUCUUAGCCGCCCCCCCCAAGAAAUUUUUGGGUAGUACUCGCAGGCUUCCAGCCUUGCCUCCGUGCUGCCUCCUCAUAUCGCCUCCUCUCGGCUUUCGCUGCCUCCAGCUCUUCACGAGGGAGGCGAUAUUCUCCCGGUUGUGCCCAAGGUCCCUUUCCAUCUAAUAUCUCCUCCCAUGUCCAUGAAUACUUGAUGCCUUGAUCCUGUUGCCGCUUGUCAUGCUGCUUGAUCCGGGUUUGGUGGGUCAUUCUGUCACGAUCGUCUUGAUAUGAGAGAUUGGACCAAGGCGCAGCAUGAUAUGAAUACAUCUUCUUUUUUAUUAUACGAAGACGGAACACGAAACACUUAUACAAACUAACAAAAACAACAAACGACCGUGAAGCUACAAACGCAAGUGCACACACAAACUACUUACGUUCAACAUAGACUAAACAUAGAAAAUGACCCACAAACAGCUAAAGCCUAUGGCUGCCUUAAAUAUGGCUCCCAAUCAGAGACAACAAUAACCAGCUGUCUCUAAUUGAGACCCAAUUCAGGCAACCAUAGACUUUCCUAGACACCUACACUGAACAUUAAACCAUCUAUUCUACUAAACCCCCUAAACCAAACAACACCCUGGACAAUACAAAAAACACAUACUUCACCAUGUCACACCCUGACCUAACUAAAAUAAUAAUGAAAACAAAAAUAACUAAGGCCAGGGUGUGACACAAGUGCUCAGCGUAUGUGGGAACUCCUUCAAGACGGUUGUAAAAGCAUUCCAGGUGAAGCUGGUUGAGAGAAUGCCAAGAGUUUGCAAAGCUGUCCUCAAGGCAAAGUGUGGCUACUUUGAAGAAUCUAAAAUCUAAAAUAUAUUUUGAUUUGUUUAACACUUUUUUGGUUACUACAUGAUUCCAUUUGUGUUAUUUCAUAGUUUUGAUGUCCUCACUAUUAUUCUACAAAUGUAGAAUAAUAGUAAAAAUAAAGAUAAACCCUUGAAUGAGUAAGUGUGUCCAAACUUUUGACUGGUCCUGUAAGUACAGUGUUUCUACUCUGUUUUCAUGGACUUCACUAGGAAGAGGAACCUGCUGUACUCUCCAAUCCCACCCAGACAAGUGCUGUGCUUCCCUUAGGACAAAUAAAGCCCAAGUGUUUUCAACUGGCAAGAAGAAAAGAAAACUUAUUUUGAUCCAUUUCUUCUGCUGAAGUUGGUGACCAAGGGCUUUCUGCCAACUAACGUAGUAGUUAAAGUAAGCAACCUUCCAAACUUGGUCAUUUUCCACCCUCCAACAGAAACAAGUUGAAGGAUCCUCUUUAAACACAGUAAAUCACCCCAGGGUCUUGUGUUCAGUCCAUUAUCCGUCCAGUUAUAGUUUGAAGCAACUGUUUGGGAUCGAGGACUUAUUUAUCGCACUAUGGGGAAUGGCAGAACGUACACGAGAGGACUGUGCAUCACUUUCAAUGUCCUGCUUCUGGUAUCUGGGGUAUUUCUGUUUGUAGUUGGGGUUUCAUACAGCUUCCAACACCCUCCUGAGUUUGACCAUCGGAGUACCCUCCAUGAGAUGUACGUACUAAAUGUGUUUGGACCCAUUACUGUACUGUUCUCCAUCCUGGGAGGCUACGCUGCCUACAGAGACAAGAGAAUACUGCUGAUCCUGUAUGCUGUCUUCAUGACCUGUGAAUUCAUAGCCAUCGUAAUCAUCGCUGUGCCGAUGGUUCGUGCCCAACCAAAGAUGGAGGAGAUUCUGGACAGAAGGUUUCACUCUGUGCCUCCUCUUCACGAUACUGAACCACAGGUCCAGAGGGAACUGAACAAACUCCAGGCAUCCGAUCAAUGUUGUGGACUGCGUGGCCACUCAGACUGGGGUUGUCACAUUCCAGUCUCCUGCUACUGUCCGCCACUCCCUCCAGACAACUCAUUGGACAGUCAGUGUGAGACUGUAGAUCUACAGAACACUAAGCUGGACUGCCAGCACAAUAUCACACACAGACAAACUACAGUUUCAGUGUCCCAGGUGCGCUGGGUGUACAGCAAGCCUUGUGGUCCCAUACUGAAGAGACACAUGAACUUCCUGAUUCAGAUCAUGAUCGGAUUCAUCUCUACAUUUGCCACCAUUAUGAUUGCUGCCAUAGUGAUGUCUCUGGUGCUGCUGGCCCUCCAGAUUCGGUCCACAGAGCCACCGCUCAACGACAGCCUCGACAGAAGAGUCAAGUACCAACUCAGUCCUCUAGCUGUCACCUGACCUCAGCGUCAACACCACAGAUAACCAUGCUCUGCAUGAGGACGAGAACAUGAUUCAUAUAUACCAAACUGUUAUCCUCCAGCUGGUCUUUUGUUUGGAACACUAGCUACAGUGAAAAUUAACACACGAUGGUGUGGCUCUCAUCCCACCUCUUCCCUGCUGUACAGUUUGGUUAAAGUCUGGCUUUUGUUUGAUUUCCUGUACAUGAUAAAUGCCAAUUGUUCCCCUCAGAUCUAACUAUUGUACCUUGUUGUUAAAGUGCAUUAAAUAAUGAGUGUAUAAGUGUGGUAUGACAAUGGUGAUUGAACAAGCCAUUAUGAAUAUCUGUCCAACAUGGUGAAACGUUUUUCAUCCUCACAACAAGUAUCAUGCCAGUAAACAACCAGCUGAGUUAAUAAAAUUAUAUGAUUUAGAUCAUUA